AAAAAAAAGAUAUUUUUAACAUUGAUCAAAACUAAUCUAAAAAUCGAUAGGUCAUAAUCGUUUAUGAUGAAAAAUAAUCGAUUUUAUAAUAAUAGUUUUUCAUCCCUAACCGUCACGUACGUCAAUGUCAGUCAAGUGAAGUGAGUGAACUGUGGGUAAUAAUAUUUCUCUAAAUUCUUAUUUAGGUAUUUAAACCAGUAACAAUUUUAUUGCAGCCGUAAUGCUAACAAAAUCAUUAGCAUUUAGGGCACUUCUCUUCCGAAACAUAAAAAAUGUAUCUGAUAACUUGAAACAGUCAAAAAGAAAUGCAGGCCAUGGAGUAUGGAGUUAUAGGGUUCCGCCACCAAUGCCAUCCAAAAGGGCAACAUAUUUAGCUAACGGCCUCGGUGGUUUGGUAUGGUUUUGGAUACUUUACCAUGUUGCUACUGAGCCGGAACAUAUUUAUGGAGAAUGGCCAUAUAUUGAUCCCAGCACUUGGACCAAUGAAGAGUUAGGGAUCCCCGAUGAUUCUGUGGGACCACUGAAAGCUUAACAUUUCUUCAAAGAUU